UCAACUGUUACUUUCAACAUGGCUGCAAUACGUCUACAUAAGUAACUCAUGUUGCGGUAGUCUUGCGAACAGUUCCUCAUUUGUGUACUUUUUUAAUAGUGAAUUAGUAAAUUUUUAUAUUGAAACGAUAUUCCUCGACGGGGGAACAUUUCUGUUCGCGAUUGAGUCUAACAAGAAAACUGUUAAAUUAAGUAAAAUGGGUCGUUCAAGAUCAAGAACAAAAUCGCCGAACAGAAGGCGUCACAAGAGCAAACAUUCUCGCAAAAGAUCCAAAUCUCGUGAAAAACAUUCGAAUAAUAAAUAUUCGGAUAAACCAAAAGAACGCUCUUCAAAAUCAAGAAAAAGAUCUCACUCACCAUCAUCAAGUACAGGAUCUGAUGCAUCUGAUGAUGUACAUAUAGUCAGUCAUAAAAAAAGAUCCUAUAGAGACAGAGAAAGGAAAAUGGAUGAAGUCGAAAGGCUAGCUGAAAUGGAAAGACAAAGGAAAAAGAAAGAAUUUAUGAACAAAACCCUCAUCACGAAUGCGGUUGGACGGCAACGUGAAGUGGAACAAAAGAUGGUUGAAGACGAAGCAGCCAAACGUAUAGAGGAAUUAGUACAGAAGAGGGUUGAGGAAGAACUUGAGAAACGUAAAGAAGAAAUAGAAGCGGAGGUACAGAGACGGGUAGAGGAAGCAAAAAGGGCAAUGGAGCGUCAAAUGAUGGAGGAGAUGGAAUGGCGACAAGCAAAACUGCGUGAGGAGGAGAAACGAAGAGAGGACGAAGAGCGGAAGAAGCGCGAGGAGCUAGAGAGGAUCAUGGAAGAAAACAACAGGAAAAUUGAAGAAGCUCAGAAGAAAUUAGCCGAAGAAAGAUUGGCUAUGGUUGAAGAACAACGUCUUAUGGAAGAAGAAAGACAACGAAUGAGAAAAGAACAUGAAAAACGUGUUAAGGAGGAGCAGAAAAAAAUCCUAGGCAAGAACAACUCAAGGCCUAAAUUGUCGUUUACGCUAAAACCAGUUACGUGAGUUUGUAUUAAAUCGUGCAAGUAUAUAUGUGAUAUUCACAUAUUCUUGUCGGUUUUGAAAUUAGUUCAUAACCAACAAGAAUAAUACUCGUUUGCUGUGCAUAGAAAAAUAUUUCAGUCAAACGCAGCAACAAAUUCCCAAAGUUUUUGUGAAUUUUAUUCACUGUGAUUGUUGAAAUCUCUAAAGCAUUGAAACAUCAUUUGAUUAUGACUAAAGUGGAUAUG